GAGGUUUUAGUGGACCUUCUCAAUGUGAAAAUGUUUGGAAGCGGCACCAGGAAGUGGUUUGUGAAGAAGAACAAGCGACAGAGGAAUGGAGGGAGACAACAAACAUGUCGAAAGAAGAAAAAGUGGACAGCUAAGGUGCUUAAGCAACACAGAGAGAAGAUCCUGAAUGAGCUGGACGUAAGCAAGGUGCUGCCCUAUCUGGUUUAUGACAAGGUGUUCUCUCUGGGUGAAUACAAGGAAAUACUGGCCCAGGACUCCAACAGAAAGAGAGCAGAAAUUUUUCUGGAUCAGUUAUCUCUCAAAGAUCCACCUGCAUUCUUCUCCUUCUGUUCUGUGCUGGAGCAAGUCUGCCCCCACCUGCUCACCUGUUUCCUGUUGGACUGUGAAGAUGGCUCCUCUGGACACAGCAGAAAGCAGAGACAGACUGCGCCCCAUCACACCCAGUCAGACGCCCUUCCCAAAGGACAGGAUUCAGUCUCCUGUCCCCCAAUGUACUCAGACCCUGUCUUUGACACCAGGGUCCCUAAACGGCACCAAGACAACUACGGUCCAGCUGUGCGCUACCCUAAAAUCCACAGCUUCAUCCCCACUCCUGAAACCCUGUCGCUGUCCUCGCUGCUGGACGACUCAGAGAGCAGCGUCCAGGGGAAGCCAUCCCUGCGCAGAAUAAAGGGCCGGAUCCAUCGUAGCAAGAGUCUGGACAGCAUUGACCUCCUCGACUCAAACAGCGCAGCAAUGGAGGAGACAGUAAUAUGGGAACAGCACACAGUAACUCUUCACAGGGCUCCAGGGUUUGGUUUUGGGAUUGCCAUCUCAGGCGGGCGGGACAACCCGCACUUUCAAAGCGGAGAAACCUCCAUCGUCAUCUCAGACGUGCUCAAAGGAGGACCCGCUGAAGGGCUGUUACAGGAGAAUGACAGAGUAGUUAUGGUCAACUCUGUCUCCAUGGACAACGUAGAGCAUGCGUACGCAGUGCAGCAGCUACGGAAAAGUGGAAAGAGUGCAAAAAUUACCAUCAGGCGAAAGAGGAAGGUACAGAUCCCCCUGGGGCGUUUGGGGGAGAGGGAGACUAUGUCAGAGCACGAUGAAGAUGAGGACAGUUAUGAAGACGAGAUUUACGAAGUACGCAGUGGCCGCAGCGGCCCGAGCGCCUACAGCGCGGGCGGGGCCACCGGCCGGAGGAGCGGCCGUACAGAGCGAGCCGGCGGUAGGCGGGACCGAGAACGGGAACGCAGCGGCUCGAGAGAGAGGAGCCUCUCGCCGCGCUCCGACCGACGCUCCAUCACCUCCAACCUGCCACCACGCCCCGCCAAGGUCACCCUCAUCAAAUCCCGCAAGAAUGAAGGUGCUAACAUGCGUUCCGUGUUUCGGGCAUUCACUCUGUAAGCAGAAUAUGGUCUUCGCCUGGCCAGUCACAUCUUCGUGAAGGACAUCUCUCCCGAAAGCCUGGCCGCCCGAGACGGCAACAUACAGGAGGGAGACGUGGUUCUCAAGAUUAAUGGCACAGUCACAGAGAACCUGUCUCUGAUAGACGCUAAGAAACUGAUUGAAAGGUCAAAGGGCAAGCUGAAGAUGGUCGUGCAGAGAGACGAGAGGGCAACGCUUCUCAACAUCCCCGACCUGGACGACAGUAUCCCCUCUGCCAACGCCUCCGACCGAGACGAUAUUUCAGACAUCCACUCGGUGGCGUCUGACCAUUCCAACCGAUCUCGAGAGCGGCGCAGGAGUAGCAGGUCCCGCUCGCCGGACCGGCGGUCCGAACCCUCGGACCACUCCAGACACUCCCCCCAACAGAUGAGCAACGGCAGUCACAGGAGCCGUGAUGAAGAGAGGAUCUCUAAGGCCGUUCCUCUACCCAUGCCUGCUAAGAUGGUGGAGGAGACAGUCAAGCCUCUGGAGCAGGCCACGCCCAGGGAGGAGAAGCAGCUCCCCCCGCUGCCAGAGCCAAAACCAGUAUACGCCCAGCCUGGACAGCCCGAUGUGGACCUGCCCGUCAGUCCGUCCGACGCCCCUGUACCCAGUGCCGCCCAUGACGACAGUAUUCUCCGGCCCAGUAUGAAACUGGUGAAGUUUAAGAAGGGGGAGAGUGUGGGCCUGCGGCUGGCAGGGGGGAAUGAUGUGGGGAUCUUCGUGGCCGGAGUUCUGGAGGACAGUCCUGCUGCUAAAGAGGGGCUGGAGGAAGGGGACCAGAUUCUCAGGGUAAAUAAUGUAGACUUCGCAAACAUAAUUCGAGAAGAGGCCGUGUUGUUCCUCCUGGACCUUCCUAAAGGGGAAGAGGUCACCAUCCUGGCCCAGAAAAAGAAAGAUGUGUAUCGGCGAAUCGUGGAGUCAGACGUUGGCGAUUCGUUCUACAUCAGGACUCAUUUUGAGUAUGAGAAGGAGUCUCCAUACGGGCUGAGCUUUAAUAAAGGUGAAGUGUUCAGAGUCGUCGACACCCUUUACAACGGCAAACUGGGCUCCUGGCUCGCAAUCCGCAUCGGCAAGAACCAUCAGGAGGUUGAGAGAGGCAUCAUUCCCAACAAAAACAGAGCCGAGCAGCUGUCCAGUGUUCAGUACACCCUCCCAAAGACUGCAGGUGGAGACAGGGCAGACUUCUGGAGGUUCAGAGGCCUGCGCAGCUCCAAGAGAAACCUGAGGAAGAGCAGAGAGGAUCUGUCCGCUCAGCCGGUGCAGACCAAAUUCCCAGCCUAUGAGAGAGUAGUUCUCAGAGAAGCUGGUUUCCUGAGACCUGUGGUCAUCUUUGGACCAAUCGCUGAUGUCGCAAGGGAAAAACUAUCCAGAGAGGAACCUGACAUCUUUGAACUUGCAAAGAGUGAGCCCAGAGAUGCAGGGACAGACCAGCGCAGUUCCGGAAUCAUCCGCCUCCACACCAUCAAACAGAUUAUUGACAGAGAUAAGCAUGCGGUGUUGGACAUCACCCCUAACGCGGUGGACCGGCUGAACUAUGCUCAAUGGUAUCCCAUUGUGGUGUUCCUGAACCCGGACAGCAAGCAGGGCGUGAAGAACAUGAGGACAAGACUGUGCCCCGAGUCCAGAAAGAGUGCUCGGAAACUCUACGAACGAGCCCUCAAACUGAGAAAGAACAACCAUCACCUCUUCACCACGACCAUAAACUUGAACAACAUGAAUGAUGGAUGGUAUGGAGCACUGAAGGAGACUAUCCAGCAGCAGCAGAACCAGCUUGUCUGGGUGUCUGAGGGCAAGGCCGACGGAGCUCCAGACGACGACCUGGACGUUCACGACGACCGGCUCUCCUACCUGUCGGCUCCAGGCAGCGAGUACUCCAUGUACAGCACGGACAGCCGCCACACGUCCGACUACGAAGACACGGACACCGAGGGCGGAGCGUACACCGACCAGGAGCUGGACGAGACCCUGAACGACGAGGUGGGCCUGCCUAGUGAGCCCGCCAUCACCCGCUCCUCAGAACCGGUCCGCGAGGACCCACCAGUUAUCCAGAACGCCGCAGGUUACCCCAGCUACCAACACGCUGUCCCCCAACCGGAACCCAUGACCCACAUUGACCCUGCAGGCUUUAAAAUCCCUGCGCCCCAACAGCCGGCUGAGGCUGCUCAAGCCUUAUCCACCCUCCCCUCACCAGCGGCAGCGCCCCCUGCUGGCGAGCCCUCCGCCCUGCUAGCGGGUACGAACCCAGAGGAGCCGCCUGGCCCCACUCAGACUGCCUCCCUUAACAGCCCUGCCCCCGAACCCGAACCCCAGUCCGAACCCGCGCUCCCUCAGCCCCCUACACACGAUCCUCACCAGUCCAUCCCGCCCGGUCCAGAACCAAAGAUGUACAAGAAGGAUCUGUACAGCAUGGACGAGCCGGUGAGAGUGAACCACGGCAUGAAGCCCCAGCAACAACCGCCCCUCGUCCCUCCAGCCUCUCUCUCCUACAGUCACCAGCCUGUCUACCAGGACAAACAGCCAUACCGAGAAUACGACCACUCGCCUUACGGCUACGACAGCAGCGGUGGCGGCUACGGCCAACCGAAGCCACACAACUACGACCCGCACCUGCACUACGACACCCGCGUGCCUCAGUACGACGAGCAGUGGACCCCGUACGACCAGCAGACCUCUCCCCAGCCCCCUCCUCCUCCCCCCGGCCCUGGCUACCCGCAGGGUCACCAGCCCCCGCCCGUCGGGUACGACGCUCGUUCCCCAUACGAGGACGGCCCCACCCGGGACUUCAGUCCGUCUCAGCCGCGCUACGACGAGGCCCCGCUGAGUUACGACAGCAGGCCGCGACACACUAAACCAGGACCCGCGCGCUACGACGAACCCCCGCCGCCUCCGCCAGUAACCUACGAGGCUCGCUCGCCUUACGAACCCGAGCCACAUGGAUUCCCCAUAAACAUGCCACGCUCCCCGGACCCUCCCAAACAGUACUAUGGCGACGCAGCUCUAAGGUCCACCUAUAACCCAGGACCUCCCAACCGCGGGUACAAACCCGGGCAGCACGAGCCGCUGAUGAACGCCGAGCCUCCUCUGCCUCCUCUGCCUCCUCCUAAACCAGAGCCCCUGCUGUCCCCGGGAGAGCCUGCGAUUCCAGCGGCCUCCAAGCCUUUGCCGCCCCCUCCCAGAGACGAUCCGGACGACGAUCCAGCCAUGAAGCCCCAGUCUGUACUGAACAGGGUCCGGAUGUUUGAGAAUAAACGCUCCGUGUCUGUGGACCGGGCCAAAGAGGCCGGAGACACCCCAGCACUCAGACCAACAGAUCUCCCCAAGCCCGUGAAUACUCCAGGCCCUGUUCUCAAAGCCAAUUCCCUGAGUAACCUGGAACAGGAAAAACCCUCUUACAGGGCGCCUGAGCCCCAGAAGCCCCAGUCCCGACCAGUGGACGAUGUGGUACGUUCCAACCAUUAUGACGCGGACGAGGAUGAGGAGUACUACAGAAAACAGCUGUCUUAUUUCGACCGCCGCAACUUUGACAGCAAGGCCAUGAACCAGCCCAACCCUGCAGUCAACCGCUUCCACGACCUCCCCAAACCCUCACAGCCACAGUUAGGCUACCCAUACUCCAGGACAGAACCUGUGGACAAAGUGAGUCCAGUCGAGAAGAGGUAUGAACCAGCGGGGCCUCAGUACAACCAGCCAGGACCUGCUCUUCCUCCGUCUUCUCUACCCAAACUCAGCACCACAGAGGUGAACUCCCUUCCCGACCCUCACGGCUCUCCUAAAGCCAAGCCCGAGGUCUCCUCUCUCAGACCUCCCACCCGCGAAGAACCAGUGCAAAGCAACUACCUGCCACAGAAGUCUCCCGUCAACGGCACAGAAGUCCUGCCCAAAACACACACCACACCCACACCCACCAGCUACAACCGCUACGUCCCCAAGCCUUACACCAGCUCCGCCCGACCCUUCGAACGCAAGUUUGAGAGCCCCAAGUUUAACCACAACCUGUUGCCAAAUGACAGCCAAACGAAGCCAAGCAUACUGAACAACAACCCCAAACCACAGCUCUCCCCGCAGCCUCCAGACACAGACAGCGGGGUGGACACCUUCACACGCACUGUGGACAACAGACCCAAACAUCAGCACAACAACGUCAACACCGUCCCCAAAGCCAUCCCUGUCAGCCCAAGUGCGUUGGAUGAUGAUGAUGAAGAUGACGGACACACCGUGGUUGCCACGGCGAGAGGCAUCUUUAACUGUAAUGGUGGGGUCUUGAGCUCCAUAGAAACGGGCGUGAGCAUCAUCAUCCCGCAGGGAGCCAUUCCAGAGAGCGUGGAGCAGGAGAUCUACUUCAAAGUGUGUCGGGACAACAGCAUCCUGCCACCGCUGGAUAAGGAGAAAGGUGAAACUCUGCUCAGUCCCCUGGUGAUGUGUGGUCCUCACGGCCUGAAGUUCCUGAAGCCUGUGGAGCUGCGCUUACCUCACUGUGCGUCAAUGACCCCUGAUGGUUGGUCUUUUGCUCUAAAAUCCUCCGACUGCUCGUCGGGUGACCCCAAGAGCUGGCAAAAUAAGUCCCUCCCUGGAGACCCCAAUUACCUGGUGGGCGCCAACUGUGUGUCUGUACUCAUCGACCACUUUUGAACAAGGGCAACAGCUGGUCUGUUACUGAACGCAAAAGAACAGAGGGAAGACAAGAGGAGA